AUGUUUUUAAUAUAUAAACGUUCAUGCUUUUCAGAACGAGCACUUUAUUGUAUGGAGUGCUGCUUUCAUCCACUCUUCAACGUUGCCCUUGGCAACUGCCGGCUGGAUUAUAAACGAGCUGAGAAUAGGUCAUUUUUUAUUGCAGUUUUUAAGCACAUGAACUUUGUUGGUCAGCGUGGUUGUUCUCGUACUGCUCUAGAAUUUUGUAAAGUACUUCUUGGCUUAGACCCAGAUGGUGAUCCUCUUGGUGUGAUCUUGAUUAUUGACUUCUAUGCCAUACGUUCAGAACAGUAUAUUUUCCUUGUUAAAAUGUAUCAUGAAUGGAAUAGUGUACGAAAUCUUUCUCAACUCCCAAACUUUUCUUUCUCUGUAUCGUUAGCUAUGUUUUUACAGGCUGUACAGGAAGGUGGUUCAACCAAAGAGGCAGAUGAAUUGCUUCAAAAAGCUUUGAUCAUGUUUCCUUCUGUGUUGAUUAUCCUAUUGGACAAGUGUAGUGUCCAGCCUGAUGAAAAAGUAGCUAAACAUCCUUUCUUUAGUUCACAAGCUGACCAAAGUCAGUCACCAGGAUUGCGACAGUUGGUUUCUCUCUAUGUGGGCCGUUGUCAUGGGCUGUGGAAGUCUCCAGAAGUAAUGGAGUGGCUGGAAAGGAAUGUAAAUGAAGUGAUACAUCGAGUUGACAGUAAAGACCCAUUUGUUAAGGAUUGCAAAGAGAAGAGAUCUGUUCGCUACCAGGGAACCCCACGGAAUGUCCUAAGACACAUCAUUCUGUCAGGGAUCAAAGAAGCUACUGUCACUUUACCACAGGAACUAACCCAGACACCAAUCUUUGGGUUUGAUCCCUUGCCUCCAAAAGAUGCAAUCACCAAUUACUCAAGACCACCCAGAUCUCAGCCUACUGAUGAUCAUGGGGUUUUGAGUAUGUUCUUCCGCUCCCUCUUACCAAACUAUAACUUGUUGCCAGAAGGUGGUGCUCAUGAUGAAAGGAACAUUGCUGGUAAUCAAGAGGAAGCUGCUGAAGGAGAGCGUCGAGGAACUGAUACGAAUGACUUAAGACGUAGCGUGACAUCACUUCUUGAUGCCAUGAGAGAUCUACUUAGUAACAUCCAUCUAGCUGAUGUUCCAAAUGAAGGAGAUGUAGAGAGUGAUGAUGAACCAGAUGAAUGAUAAUAGAAUGAUGUAGUUAACCAAUCGUGGUUCAUGUUGUACAUGCAUUAUGUGGCCUGUAUGUGAGUUAACCAAAGGUGGGAAACUUAGAUGUGAAAUGUUUUACUGUAUGCCCUUCUAGCUUGUUUUAUGUUUGUGUCUUAGUUACAGAGACCAGUGUUUGUGCUAAACAAAAUCCAUAAAUACAAAAUGAAGGUCAUAAUUAAGAUAAGUGCAUGUGAGAAUAAUCUAAUUGAGCUUGAUAAAAUUAUUGAUUUUCAAGAUGCUUAGUGGUCCAAUUUAUUGUGAAUUGUUUUUUUUCUCGCAUAACUGAAGAAUGAAACCAUUUUUGUUUGUCCAGUGAGAAAUAUCAAAGUAAAUAUUUUAUUCUGUAAGUGUCUUCAGUAUAUUAAGAAGCUUUACUCUGGUAUUACUGCUUUUUUGAGGUAGAAAAAACAGCUUGUGAUCUUUUAAGAUGUACUUGGCGUGAAGCACAGUCGUCGAUCAUUUAGGUUUUUACCAAAAAAACUACUGCUAAUAGGUUAGUAUGUACUACUGUUUGGUUAGCUUGUACAAAUGAAAGCAGUCGUUGAUAAUUUAGUUUACACUAUUAAAAGCAACAAUGGUUGGUGGUUUGUUUUUAUAUUGAUGAAAACUACUUGUUGAUGGCUAGUUUGUACUGAUGAAUUCAAGAACUGUUGGGUGAUAUAUUUUUUCUUGAUGAAAGCAGUUGUUGAUGGUUUAUUUUGUAGUAAUGAAAGCACCACCUGUUGAUCAUUAACUUUGUACCAAUGAAGGAAGUUGUUGAAGGUUGGUUUUGUAGUAACAUAGUAGUCAUAGUCAGUAAUACAUAGGGAUUAUUUAAAGUUGAUGUCAAACAGCUCUAAAUGUUAUGGAAAUUCCAGUGGAUGUUAUUUCAAGUUAAUCUUCUGCUAAGUAAAACUUCUUCCCUUGUCAACUCCAAAAUUAUUUUUCUUCAUCAUAUAAAUCACUUUUGUUCAAGCAGAAUUAUAACACUAUAACUUGUUAGAUUCUGAAAUUGUUAGUUUAUGAGCACUUUUUGGUUUUUGAGUAUUAUUUGAAUUAUACAGGAAACAGAUGAAUUAAUUACACAGUUUACUAAAUAUAUCUACAAGACACACGUCCUAACUGAAGAAAACAUCAUUGUAAUCAUAUUUUGGUGGUUGUAUGUCAGUUAAUGUGAAUUGUAGGAAUUAAUUUGAAAAGCUGCUAUUUGUGGCAAGGAGGUCAUAUUAAUAAUAGUGUGAUAUACAAAAUAUUUAGUGCAGAAUGAUCCCCAUCUCUUCUUGCUGCUCCUUACUAAUAUAUCUGUGUUCAGUGGAGUAAAUUUUAAGUUAUUUUUAUUUUGAGCAUUGUUUUGAAGGAAAUGUUUUUCAAGUAAUUUUUUUUUGCUUAAAAUAUUAAUGCAGUAUGUGAUGUGUUUACAAUAAGUAACCACUAUUUUACCUACUGGCUUUAGUUAUUAACCACAUUCUGCAAGGAAGUCUAAUUGUUGUAGAUAACACCAAUUAUUCUACUGCAUGACAGUGUUCAGACUACUGCUAAUAUCCUACUAAUAGUCUGUCUCAAAGCACCUUUGAUGAUAAUGCUCGCGUUCAUAGCUCACUUAAUUCACAGAAGUAACAUUACUAAUACAAACUAACAAGUCUCACUAACACUGGAUGAUCUUCAUUCUAUGAUGUUAAUUGUAGGUCAAAGGCAACAAUUUGGUCAUAUAGAAAACUUGAACUAUAGUUAUCAAGUUUUAUAUACUUGUACACAUAAGAUAUAAUUUUAAAAAAUCUCUGAACUUGAGCCAGAAGGAAAACAGAUGAAAAGACAGGACUGACUAUACUCAAUUCAUUGCAUUCAUUUAACUCAGGUGAAGGUUUAUUAUCUAUCAUAUUCAUUAAUGUUGGCAAAGGCGGGAAUGGGUCUUAACUAUCUCGGCAACAUUUAAUAGGGAAAAAUAUACGUUGACGAAAAUGCUAGAAUAUCUUGAAAACUAAAGCUUGCAAGAUGUCAUUGUUAGUUAACUGAGACUCUUAGAAAAAAAAUGUGGCAAAACUUUUCUCACUUAUCCAAUAUAAAACAAUAUGUUAAAUUUAAACUAUUGAGAAACAUGGAACAGAGUUCUUUAUUGUAUGGUGUAGUUUUACAGCCCUUAAACCUAAUGGUUAAACCUUUUCAAGAAAAAAUUCUUAGAACUAAGCUUUGUAUUACUAGAGAAAAACAAAGGCAUGACUUCAGAUGACUGAAGUAAGUUGCUCUAGUCGGUUUUGCUGUAAGACAUUAUUUCUUUCUCACCCAGAAUAUGUUACUGAGAUUGAAUGAUGUGUCUGUUUUCUUGGUGUUAAUAUUUAUGCUGUUAUAAAACUGUAUUCAUUAUUAAUUUUGAACUGUUAUGCUUUUCCGUGGCUGAAUAUUGUAAUGAAAAUAUCUGUUAUUAACACUAUUUUUGUUAAGUAUUGUAGUAACUGGAUUUGUCUAUAGCUGUUGCUUUUAGACAGUGUGAAAAUCAUUGUUUUUCUAAUUGGACACAGUCAAGUCAGACAUGUUUGACAUGCAUGUAUACAUUGUGAUUAAAAGGGCUGAUGUGGAAGACUAUAUUGCAUACUUGAAAUAUUUAUUGAUGUAUCUGUGAUGGAUGCUAAUCAGAAAUAGAAGAUAUGAUCUUGCAUAUCUUGGGUAAUUGGCCUACUAAUAAUAAUGGACACUGACCAUUUACUGGAUGUUUGUAAUAUACUUAGGACCACCACCACCGGUAUUGAUGAAGCAGUAAAUGGUAUACUAGAUUGAGAAAUUAAAGCAAAACUGAAAAUGGAAUUUCUAAAUGAUAAAAUGAAGGUAGUAAAAGGAUGGAUAUUGAAUGUGUUUAAAAUUUUGUUUUAAGUGCAUGAUUUCUUAAUAGUGUGGUGUAUUUAUGAACCAGUGAAACUUUUGUCUUAAAACAUCAGUUCUUUUUGUAUAUGUAUAUAUAUAUCUUGUGUAUUUUGUGUGGGCAAAAUGCUUUGAUGUGUUUUAUACAUGGUAGAACGUAUGAGUCUAUUGUUGAAGGUUUAACUCUUAUAUUGCCAUGAAAUUAAACCCUUCAAAUUAUUUCUGAUUUACAGUCUAGUUGGCAAGUUUAAUAUAUAUAAUACAAUUAAACAUUUUCAAUGGUACAGAGAACAUUUAUGAUGAUAAUAAAAUGACCAGAAAUUGGCAAAUGUUUUACCAGCAA